UCAUCGGUCGAGUUCAUCUUGCUCAGGUGCAGAUUGAGGGAGACUUCUUGCCCUGCUCAUUCUCUAUACUGGAGGAACAGCCAAUGGACAUGCUGCUUGGUCUGGACAUGUUGAAGCGACAUCAGUGCUCCAUUGACCUGGAGAAGAAUGUCUUGGUCAUUGGCACGACAGGCACACGGACUAGCUUCCUGCCCGAGGGUGAGCUUCCAGAGUGUGCCCGAUUAGCAUACGGCCCAGGAACAGAAGACAUACGCCCUGAGGACAUUGCAGACCGGGAGUUAGCAGAAGUAUUGCAGAAGUCUGCUGAGGAAGCAGACCAGCAGAAACCGUGAUGCAUGUGUGUGUUAUCUGCCGCAGGAGGGGCCGCACCGCAGACAAAGAAUCUACCUCAGAGGCAGGUCCGUCACUGGUUCCACCGAUGGAUGGAUCUACCCACCCUGUCCACAAUUCAGACAACGUCCCCAGUGCUCAUCAAGCGUCCACCCCACUCUCUGCCUCAGAAAGCAGAGACGUUCCCAGAGAAGAUGUUGCCUGCACUAGCGGGUCCCAUACAGGAGGCAGUGAGCAAGUGGGUCACACAUCCAAUUUAUUAGGAUCUGCAGUCGCUGUUGACCAACCUGGAGUAGAGUCUUCAUCUUCUCUGACAUCUGUUGUUGAUGGAGAUUCAGGACUCGUGCUAGCUACUGCUGUUAAGUCUGCAGUUACCACCAUUACUAAUGCUGGCUCGGAGGUUUACAAGGAAUCUGGGUGUGAGCCUCAUGUAGAUAACGCACCUCCUCCUUCCACGUUGACCCCAGUGGAAGACGGAGUACAAGAAAUGACGCAGGUUCUUUGUGCCAUGACUGAAGACAUGAUGGAACUUGGCACAGAGGUAAUUCCUGAUCUUGAUGGCUGCAGACCCCAGAUAAACAUCACUGUCCAGGAUCCUGAGUGCCAACAUGUGUUCCGCAAUGACCCUCCAACUAAUCCGGAGGAGUCGGAGGACGUGGACAAUGCAACCAAGCAUGAUUGCCCAAAGCCACCAAGCACCUCUGUCCAGGAUGGAGAUGAAAGCUGUUUCUCCUUGGCCACUGCCUUGAAAGAACUCCAUAAGUUACUGAUCAUCAGUGGUCAAGGAUCUGCUUGGGCUAGAGAUGAUGGAGCUUUGGGUGCUGAGGCUGAUCAUGUGGAUGAUGUUCAGGGCAGUCAUCGGGAAUCAUGCCAAAAUGGAGAUGUGGACAACGACCUUCAUCUGGAGACAGGAAUGAGUGGACAAGUCGCUGACGAGGUGCCUCGGUCUAAUGAGGCAGACUCCUUACAGGUAACCUCCAGAAAUGACUAUUCUAGCGACUGCAUGGAGUCAUCUGAUGUAUCUGCUCCUGAUCAGCCCCUGCCUGGUACUGUGCGGAGUCAAGACGCAGACACUGGUGCGAUGCAUAACUCCGGUGACCGAGAAGCGGAGGAAGAACAAGUCCUAGAACUAAGCCGUGAAUCUGAGGGAGCGGUCUGUGAAUGGAGCUCAUCUAUGACUCCAUCAGAUCCCACUUCACAUUCUGCUGUAGAGCGCAUUGUGAGUGCAGGGUUCACCAUGCAUGAUGCCCUUGUCGCCCUGGAAAGAGCUGAUGGGAACGUGGAGAUGGCGCUGCUCGCUUUGCUUGUUAAGAACAUUGUUGUCCCCACCUAAUUUAUUGCAUCUAUACCGCCAGUGGACUGCGUAGAAGAACUUGCCUCUUGUCCUCCAAGCGCAGAAGAUGGGCAGGACCUGUGGCUGGCGGACUGCUACCCUGUCUUGUCUCUGCAGUGGUUGCCCCAAAUGUCCUCCUGUGGGCGAGAUCUGGACAGGACUGUCUGCAACAGUGUCACUGAGGUCGUGAUGUGCCUCCCAAAGCCAUGAAAGCAAUUGUACGUUUUAAACCAGGGAUCUCUUAGGCUGUGUCUGUGCUGUUGAGAUCAGACUUUCUAGAAAUCCGAGAGCCAUAAUGAAUGCAUUUUUCUAUCCUC